GCAUUUCACACAUGCACCGUGUGAUUCCCUAUAAACAAUUGGAAAGUACCUGUUACUAUAAAUAGAUUUACUAGGCGUAUUGAAUUUAGGUAGCCAACUUUAUAAAAUAGAUUUGCGGAACUACUUUUAUACGAACUUUGGUAUGUGAUGAAAAAUAUACUCAUGUUUAUUGUCCAAUAGAUAAUUUGUUUUUAAGGUUACAAGUUAUUUUACAGCUUUAAACUGUUAAAACUAGAAUUUUAUCUGGAUAUAUUUGCUAUAUAUAUUAUGUCAUAUCUGUACGUGUGUUUACCGGUACGUAGCUGUUAGAACACUUGAUACAAAUUAUCUUUUUAAUAGCUAUAUGUAUUAACGAAUGAAAAGACAAAAUAUUAUGAAGUUUUAAUAUUGUAUUGUCUAUGAUGUCCCAUAUUGAGUCAUGUAUAUUAAUUGUGUGAGCAUUUUAACAUGUGAAUGUACAUAAUGUUAAUGUAUGAGACACUUCAAAAAAUACAUCUAAACUUAAAUUUGCUUUAAUCUUGGCCCCUGGUAGGUUAGGCGAUUAAAGGAAAGUUUGACAAUGAUCAAAAAUUACAUAGAAAAUGAAAAAAAAAAAAAUAAACUGUUUAUUUGGUUCAUUAUAUUUAUGAAUUAUAAAGUGCAAUAUUGGGUAUUGUAGAUUCAAGUUUAUUCAAUACAUGACCAUGGCCUAAGAAAGAUAUGACUGCCACAACAACUAGGGUACAAUAGUUUCACCUAGGCAUGGGAAAAGAACUCUUUAAGCAUAUGAGGAAAAGAGAAUAUCCUUGUGUUUGCUGUAAGAAACGAACAAACCAGAGAGAUCGAUGUACUGUCACAGCUGCACAACGACUAGGUCUCCAGAAGUGGACUGUAGGCGAUGUGUCUGAGGAUGAGGUGUUGUGUAGUUUGUGUCGAGUGAAGGUACAUUCUCAUCUUAAGCGGAGGAAAAGUGAACAACAAAACUUGGAGCAUGAGUUAAGAGACACAGCUCCCUUCUCUCCUCCAGAGAGGAAGCAAAUUAAUGCUAGGAAUGCUGCCAUUCACAGUCCUCCAUCAGUAACCCUGACAGUGCCCUCCACAUCUUCCAGUCAUUCCAGCUGCUUCAUCUGCAGAAAACCUGGGCCAAAGUUGGUUGUGGUGUCAUCAAAUGAACGUCACUCUGUUUUAGUAUUGAUUCCGCCAGGUUCAAGAUGCUGCACACGUCAUCUCCCCAAUGGAGGAUUCACUGAAGAGGCACUAGAAAAAAAUUCUUCAUUUUCAGAAACAUCUACACUUAACAGGACAUCUAUUGUUGAUAUGCUUAUGUAUCUAAGGGGGAUUGCUCUGCUAUAUGGAGGGAAAAGAAUAGACUUUGAUGAUCCAAAUGCAUUGAGUGACCAAGAGUAUGUCAACCUCACUGGAAUAAAUAAAGUCUCCUUUGAUGAUCUGCUAUCAGCUGUAGAUGGAAAGUGGAUCGAAGAGAGAGAUGUGUUUGUUGUAGACAGAGGCUUUCGGGAUUCCUUGACAUUACUUGAAGACCUUGGAUUAGUAUCUGCCAUGCCUGCAUUUAUGAAGAAAGGUGAAAAGCAAAUGUCAACAGCAGAUGCAAGUACAAGCCGUUUAGUGACCAAGAUACGCUGGGUGGUAGAAUCUGCUAAUGCGAGGAUAAAGAGGUGGAAGUUUUUUGACCGUGUCCUUCCUUCGUCCCAGGUGCCAUUCAUUAGUGACUUCAUCAAGAUUGUGUGUGGAAUAUCAAACAAGUACUUUCCACCUUUGUCAACUGGUUGCACUGAGGAAGACUCUCUUGUAGCAGCUAAGAUGCAGUACCUGUCCAGACAAAUCAAUCAACUAAAAGAGGAAGUAGAAGAAAGGAAACUGGAUACCCGCUCAGCGAUCUGGAAACACCCUGACGAGCUUCAGGUUUUCCUCGUCUUGAUGAAGAUCAACUUCGAGAGUUGA